UCUUCGGAGUCCAUAUACUCGAUAAUGGGUGCCUCGGCAGUGUUGCUUUCUCCUUUACUCUUUUCUUUCUAACAUGUUACUGGAACGACGACGACAUUAAUAUGCAUGAAGUCGAGAACCUGUUACCUUGCUGGAGUAGCUGUGGGUAAGCGCAACGCUGCUGACAGCUCUGCCACAAAAGUAGACGAGUGGCCGAGAGCACGCGGUCGUUGGUUUUUCUUACUCGUAUUCUGUUCUUGUUGUUGUUGUUGUGGCAAAUAAAUUCGAUUUUUUUUUUUUACCAAGUGUUCGUACGGUUUCUCGUUGUAAUCAUGUGAUUGUGUUCGAGUGGUGCCUCCAAAUGUGAUACAUUUCUUAGUGCUUUGUUUGUUGCUUUUGUAGGUCAUGAAACGCAGUAUAACAUUACCGAUGGUUGAAUACACAAAGUUGGAAACUUUGAUCAAAAAUUUACCGCACAAAGCGAUACUUAAAAACAUAAAAGAAAUACUAUCGUUGAAAAAGUAUCGAAAAAAAUCCUCAGCAGACUCUCCAAGUACUCCUACCCAUAAUUUAUCGCAAACAACAGCACUCAACGCCCAUCUAUGAUGAUCAAAUCCAACUGCGUGGACAUCCUGUUGAAAAAAUUAUUCUACAACUUGGGUUUGAUCGUAGCCAAGAAUCCUGGAUAUUUUAUAAUCGUGCCGGUAUUUUUGACCCUUAUCUGUAUCACUGGAUUUCAAAAACUUCACUAUGAAAUGGAUUCCGAGUAUUUGUUCAGUCCGGAUGACGGACCAGGCAAGGCGGAAAGAGCAAUCGUCGAGAAAUAUUUCAAAACUAAUUAUUCCCAUAGAUUUAAUCCAUCCAGGAUAACCAGACAAGGAAGAUACUCAAAAAUAAUCGUGAUUCCUAAAAUAGGAGAUAACAUGCUGAACAGUGCAAUCUGGAGGGAGCUACGACUACUGGACGAUGCUAUCAAAAAUAUUGCAAUAGCUUAUGGAGAACCUGAAGAAAUAUUCACCUAUCGUGAAAUAUGUGCGAGAUGGAUGGACGAAUGUUUCGAAAACGAUAUUAUUAAUUUGGAUCAAAUAAUGGAUCAAAUCGAAAAGAAACAACUCAAUUUGACAUUCCCUGUGAUGCUGAAUCCGGUCACAUGGGAUGCCCACGCGUUUCCAGCUUUUUUUGGCAAAUCAGUCGUAAAUCAAGAUGAUAUUAUCGAGAGUGUACCGAGCGUUCAGUUGAUGUAUUUUAUAACAGCUGAUACAAAAUCACAAGAUGAAAGAGGAGCACUUUGGGAAGACGCGUUUUUAACCACAGUGGAAAAUUUAGAAAAAAACAACACCUUUCAACUAAUCUCAACAGCUCGUUUCGCGUCUCGCACUCUAGAUAUAGAAUUGGAGGUCAAUACGAAAUCUGUAAUUCCAUAUUUUACUAUAACCUUCAUAACGAUGGUGAUAUUUUCCAUUUUCACAUGCAUGAUGACUGACUGGGUGAGGUCUAAACCUAUGUUGGGUCUCUUAGGAAAUAUCUCCGCAGCUAUGGGAACCUUAGCAGCUUUUGGAUUAGCUUGUUACAUGGGUUACGACUUCAUAGGUAUCAUUUUGGCUGCUCCUUUUUUAACUUGUAGUAUAGGAAUUGACGAUACUUUUGUGAUGCUAGCUGCAUGGAGAAGAACUCCUGUUACCAUGAAUGUACCUGAAAGAGUUGCUAAUAUGCUGUCUGAAGCAGCAGUAUCCGUCACCAUUACGUCUUUAACGGAUAUCGUUAGUUUAUAUAUUGGGAAAACUAGCCCUUUUCCAGCCAUUCAACUUUUUUGUAUUUAUACAGGCUUAGCUGUGACUUUCAUUUUAAUUUGGCACAUAACUUUUUUUACUGCAUGCGUUGCAAUGUAUGGUUACCUUGAACAGAAAAAUGCACAUUGUAUCACAUGUGUUCCUGUAUUACCUGUAUCACUUGCACAUGAAAAAUCAUUGUUGUAUAGAAUUUUUUGCACCGGUGGAAUCAAUCCUAAAGAUCCCGAUAACCCGGAAGAUAAUCCAGAAAAUUCCAUCAUGGUGUGGUGUCGAGAUAACCUAGGAAAUGGUCUGAAUAGAUGGCCUGUCAAAAUUUUGGUCAUUUUACUAUUUCUGGCCUACAUGGCUGGAGCCAUAUACGGUCUUACCAUAAUACAAGAAGGAUUACAACGAAGUAAAUUAUCCAAGCCAGAUUCCUAUUCGGUGGAAUUUUACGAAAGAGAAGAUUUUUAUUUUAGAGAAUACGCGUAUAGAAUUCAAGUGGUUAUCGAUGGUGAGCUCGACUAUGGAAACGCGAGCAUAAGAAAUGAAAUUGAAAAUUUGACGAGAACCUUCGAAAGCUCGCCUUUUAUCGCUUCGUCAGCUAUUUACACGGAGUCUUGGCUCAGAGCUUUUUUAAGUUACGCCGAAAGGAAUGAACAUUCGAUGAAUGUCAGUUCGGAUAUACCUAUGAAAACCUUUAUUUCAGCACUCACAGAGACUUGGCUGUUUCCUUCGAAUCCAUACUCAUUGGACAUCAAAUUCGACACAAACCAGUCGAAAAUUCUGGCCACUCGUUUCAUCAUUCAAACAGUCAACAUAACCGAUGGAAACAUAGAGAAAGACAUGGUCAACGAUUUAAGAAGGAUUGCUCAACAGAGUUCUCUCAACGUCACAGUUUACCAUCCAUACUUCUUAUUUUUCGAUCAGUUCGAGCUAGUCAGACCAACCACAAUCCAAUCGACCAUCUACGGAGGAAUAAUCAUGAUGAUCAUCACAUUCCUCUUCAUCCCAAACUUCUCCAGUUCCAUCUGGGUGGCAUUUUCGAUCGUCUCCAUCGAAUUCGGUGUCAUCGGAUACAUGGCUUUAUGGAACGUGAACCUGGACUCGAUCUCGAUGGUGAACCUAAUAAUGUGCGUAGGAUUCUCAGUUGACUUCACAGCCCAUAUUUGCUACGCAUACAUGUCAUCCGAUAAAACCAAUUGCAAAGAAAGAACCAAGGAAAGCUUGUACUCGUUAGGAUUACCAAUAAUUCAAGGAGCUAUGAGCACCAUACUAGGAGUAGGAGCUUUACUCUUCGUAGGCAGUUAUAUAUUUUUAGUUUUCUUUAAAAUUAUAUUUUUAGUAACCUUUUUCGGCGCCAUGCACGGUAUCUUACUCCUACCCGUACUGUUAUCGCUCUUCGAAAGAAAGAAAACCACCCAAGUGGAUAAAAAGUGCACUCCUACGUACUGUAUUCCACAUGCAACGUUACCACCUCCCCCUCCCCCUCCGCCAAUGUCGCAUUUACAUAACCCGAAACAUUUCGGAAUACCACUGCAUGGAAUGGUGCAAGGGUCCUCGUCGAUGGUAUUUUACAACGUGGAUAAAAAGUACUACGGACACGAGAAAGAUCUGGGUCUGGGUACAUCUGAAGACUCCAGUGAAACCAGUUCGACUUUCCAGUCGCAGAAUAAAAAAGAUAAUAUUCAGCAGAAAUAUGUGAAUGGGUGGAAAAAAUCCCAACCUAGUGGACGACCUUUUUCCAGACAGGAUUAUAUCGACGAACAUCACUGGAAUAAUAUUUCGAUGGAGUUUUUAAAUCGAACUAAAGUUAAUCAUAAUGGUGCUUAUUUGCAGCAAAGAAAUUUCCACAGGGAUAAGAGCUGAUGAUGAGAUUAUCGAGAUACAGGCAUCAGAUACCUAUUUAUACCCUUCUGAAUUUCUUCAACUGAUAUUGAAAUCAACCCUUGACUAAUGAAUUCAGAAGAAAAGUUCGAGUGUAACUUGAAAUUUCUUCGGAGAUGAAUAAAAAGGGUCGAAAAUCCAUUUGCAAAGGUUUUUUGUGGAAGCACGUCGAAAAAAAUAUCAACUUAUAUCAAAAAAUUGCCAUAACUCCAAAAAGGAAUGAAAAAUUGAAAAAACCAACUUCCAAGAAUUAGAAUACCCCCUCCCUUCAAAAAAACCAACAUUAGGUAAUUAAUCGUAAGAUAUUAAUUUAUAUGACACGAUUCGUCGACUCUAAUUUUAAUUUACAUAGGGAUUCGUAACUUCGCAUCCGCGCUAGCUGAAAUUACAUAUGGAGUAGUAAGUUGGCCUUUUGAUCGUAUAUUUUAAGAAAAAUAUAUUUAAGUACCAAAAUCGUAAAAAUUAUGAUAAGCUAAAUACAACUUUCAUUCGGGAUGAAAUCCCUUAAUUUUUAAGUAAAGCUUAUUUUUAUUUUUUUAAUUUAUUUUAUUCAUGUAGGUGCUGCCCUCUUUAAAUUAUAGAAGUUUAUUUUUAUGCUUUAGUUAUAUUUGGAUACUUUUUUUUACCUGAAAGGAUAUUGAAUUAAGUUUGCUCAAGUCUUUAUUAUUUAAGAAAAUGAUUUGUACAAAUGUGUAAAUAUGUAUGAGAAAUACAACGAAUGAAAAGAUUUUAUAUGUGAUAAAAUUUUUUAUAUUUUUCAUGUUACUCUAUUUUUUUUUUUAUUUUUUAUUUUAAAAAUAAAAU